AGAGAGAGAGAGAGAUUGAUGGCGGCGGAAACCUCGAAAGGCGUUUCAGUGUCACCAUGUUUCCCGACGCGUGUCCCUUUUUCAGCGAAACGACGCCGCUUUAUAGUUUUUCUGUAAUUACAUAUCUUCAUCUCUUUUAUGAUCUGAUAAAGUUUGUAACUUGAGACUUUUAUCCUCUCGUAGUGGUUCAAAGUGAGUAUCUUUGUGGACGCCGUCAUUGUUAUGUGGAAAUUAGCUUCAAAAUCCAUCAAAGGAGGCUUUAAAUCACAGGGAGGAGAAGAAGCUGCCACGAAACCGACAAAAGCUCCUUGUGAUACCUCUGGGGAUGGAAGAAAGAGAACAAAAGAAGAGAGAUUGGAGUGUCCCAUUUGCUGGGAAUCAUUCAACGUCGUUGAGAAUGUGCCUUAUGUCUUAUGGUGUGGUCAUACUAUCUGCAAGUAUUGUCUUUUAGGCCUUCAACGUGCUGUUGUCAUCAAAUCCUCAGCUUUACCUUUCCAGCUUCCUUUCUUCGUUGCUUGCCCUUGGUGCAAUGUUCUCUCUUUAAGGCUUGUUUGCAAUGGAACCAUCAGAUUCCCUUCCAAGAACUUUUACCUUCUUUGGAUGGUCGAAAGCGUCAAUGGCUGCAGAUCUCAAUCGCGUACUGACGACAAGAGGGUAGCUUCAGGGCAGAGAGACGUGAGAAAUAGGUGUGGUGGAGUGAGUGAUACGGCCUCAGAUGAUGAACGGGUACUGGACAACAAUCGCAGCUGGUGGAAUGGUGUGACCAGAGGAUACUUUAGAACUGGGAGACUCCAUGACUCGGUAUGUAAGUCUAUGGCUCUUGUUGCUCAUUUGCUUGGUAAGUUUCCUCUGGUAGUCAUAUUCCUGCUGAUGGCUUUAUAUGCAAUCCCUGUGAGCGCUGCAGUUCUUGGGCUCUAUUUCUUUGUCACGUUUGCUUUGGCUGUCCCCUCGUUUAUUGUCCUCUAUUUUGCCUUCCCGAGCUUAAACUGGCUGAUUAGAGAGAUUGCAGCCUGAUACAUUGUACUGUUGUCACUUUGUUCCUGUAUGUUUUGUGACUUGUAAGAAACAUGAGAUAGAGCCAAAGUUGUUUACACUCAAUAUAGAAUAGAAGAAGAAAUAUUUCUUA